AUGCACCUCGCAGUGAAGAAGUUUCUGGUCUCCGUAGCCCUGCUGGUUCUCGCUGUGCAGGUGAGCAGCCCGGUGUGUGUAGAUAUGCCACCGAACACUGAGGUGGUCCUGGGCAAACCCAUCAAACUGACCUGCAUCUCCUGCAUGAAGAGGGAGGAGGUCAAUGCCAAGACACAAGUGAACUGGUUCUACGUCACACCAGAUAAAGAGAGAAUUCUAAUCUUUAAAUUCGAUGGGCUACCUCAGGAGCCGGACACCCGAUGGAAGGGCCGACUGGCAUGGAAUGGCACCAAGGACCUUCAGGAUCUGUCCAUCAGGAUUAUCAGCACCACACUAAAUGACAGUGGAACUUACCUGUGCAACGUGUACCGCCAGUUUAAAUUUGACAACUAUGAACCUGUGUUCACUCUCAGCAAGGAAAUCACAGUGCAGGUGAAAAAGCAAGUCAGUCGAGACAUCACGUCCAUGUACUCUGAGAUGACCAUGUACGCAGUGCUGAUAUUUCUGACCCUCUGGCUCCUGGUAGAGAUGAUCUACUGCUACAGAAAAGUCUCCAAGGCUGACGAACGCGUGCAGAGCAACGUCACCCACCUAGUGGUUAGAACAGGGGUCUCAAACUACUUGCCCAUGGGCCAAUACCAGCCAACAAGAUGUUGUAAUACAGUCAUCAUUACGUUACACAGUGUCAAUGCAUUCCGCUUUGCAUCUCAUUCGCUUGAAAGCACACCCACAUUCAAUUAAAGUGCU